AAAUUCUCACCCUCUUAUUACCACUACUCCCCUCUCCUCAACCCCACAAAAACAAAACCUCUCUUCUCUUCUGUCCCUCUCCUUUUUUGGUCCUCCAAAAUUCUUACCACUAGAUAUUGUACUAUAUUCUAUCCUCUAUAUUUCUCAACAAAAAAAGAAUCAAGAUUUCAAUGUAGAUAGACAUAACACUAUAAACCUAUGACAUUAGUAUAAAUUUAGUACUCCCUUUUUUUCCCCUCACUAAUGGCAACUGCAAGUGCUGCUUCUUCAACACAAAUAUUUCAAGAAGAUGAAGAUGAAGUUACAAGGAAGGGAAAUUACAACAACAAUAAUAUUAAUGGAGUUAGUAGACAAGAUAUUCAAGCUGCCAUUGCUAAAACUAUUGAGCUAAGAGCUUUACAUGCUGCUCUUUUACAAGGGAAUAGUCCUGCAUCAGCUACUGCUCUGAAAUUUCCUUCUUCUGUUUCUCCUUCUUCUCAUCAUUCACAUCAUUUAUCUGCUCAAGAUUAUCCUAUUUUCACACCAAGCUAUGAAGAUGAACCAUUACCAGGAUACAAACAACUACAGUUAGAUCACAAUCCAAACUAUGCUGAAAUUUGGGAUGAAUAUGGCUUUGGAGUAGGAAAUGGUAAUAAUGAAGCCAUUAUAUCGGAUUACAGAAAGGCGAGUUUGUCCUUGAGGAAAGGAUUUACUAACAGUUUGAUCAACUUAGAACCCCACGUUUGUCCGGCUGAUGAUCAGAAAUCAGUCACAAGCUCGUGUACUGAUCAAAUCACUAUGCAUAGAGCUUCUCCUAUUGCUCAUAAUUACUGCAAGUCUAGGAGAAACUCGUUAGGGGACCUAAAAUCGGUUUCAUCUUGCAACAAGUGUAAGCCUGCAAUAAUUAGUACUGAAGCUGAUGGAUCUAGUAAGAGUGGGAAGAACUCGAAUGUUGUCGUGCCAUUGUCAGAUUCUCAUGUUUCUGUUCAAUCAUCGCAGCCAAAGAGUAAAGGGCUGAACUUAUCAUGGCUGUUCCCUAAGCUAAAGAAGAAAAACAAGGUUGAAAGUUCACCAAACCGGACAGAAUCCGAGGAGGUUUCUCAGGGUUUUAAGGAUAUAGGAACAGUUUCUAUCGAUACAUUGAAGAAAGAGCUCAUGGAAGCAAAUGAGAGCAGAGAUGCAGCGUUGAUGGAAGUCUCGGAAAUGAAGUCUUCUUUAGGUGACCUAAAGCAAAAGUUAGAGCAUUUAGAAACUUACUGUGAGGAGCUAAAAAAGGCAUUGAGGCAAGCAAUUCAAGCAAAGGAGUCCCCUGUAUCAGCACAGCUUAGAAAUCUUUCUAAAAUGGGGAAAUCCAUUGAUGGGGACGGAGAAAAUCUGAUCCCGGUUAGUGAAGAGGUAAUGCUAGAAGGGUUUUUACAGAUAGUAUCAGAAUCAAGAUUAUCAGUGAAGCAAUUCUGCAAGACUCUAAUUGGACAGAUUGAAGAGACAGACAAUUCGUUAACCGAUAACUUGAACCUUUUGCUUCAACCUUACAAACUAUCUCUCAACUCAAAGUACUCGAAGGCAGCUCUAUACCACAUUGAAUCCAUCAUAAACCAAUCACUUUUCCAAGAUUUCGAGAACUGUGUGUUCCAAAAGAAUGGCUCACCGAAGCACCUAGACCCUCAACAAGAACGCCACGCUCAGUUCUCUUCCUUUGUCGCGUUGAGGAACCUAAGUUGGAAUGAAGUGUUAAGAAAGGGGACAAAGUACUAUAGUGAAGACUUCAGCAAGUUCUGUGAUCAGAAAAUGAGUUGCAUUAUCACAACACUUAAUUGGACAAGGCCAUGGCCUGAACAACUCCUCCAAGCAUUCUUUGUUGCUGCUAAGUGCAUUUGGUUGCUGCAUUUGUUGGCGUUUUCGUUCAAUCCUCCACUCGGGGUUCUACGAGUUGAAGAGAAUCGAACUUUUGAUAUGCAUUAUAUGGAGGACGUUUUCGCGGAUAGGCAAAGAUCACAAGGUUCUAGCAAGGUCAAGGUCAUGGUUAUGCCUGGUUUUUAUGUGCAUGAUAGAGUACUUAGGUGUAAGGUAAUAUGCAGGUAUAAAAAUGUAGCAUAAUUAGGUUCUCUUCACCCCUUUUUCCUUUUCUUUUUGAUUUUCUUUCUUAGUAAUCUAACUUUGUAAUAGUGGUUUCUUCCUGAUUAUUUGUUUUAAGUGAGUUCUAUAAACUAGUUGCCAUAUUGUGAUCUAAACUUCAUCAAAUAAAUGUAGCAAAUUAUUAUCUUCA